GAACAAAACUAGUCGUGUGCCGACUUUGUAACGGGGAGGACGUUUAUUUUAAGCGUACAAACAAACCACGGCGUGAGUUGACGUAAAUUUCAAACAGUUACCGCGAAAAUAAAACAAGUGAGAAAUAGUUUUAAUUGUUUUUCCGUGAGAGAUUAAAUUUUGUUUGCUGUACAAUUGAAUAUUAGCAGACUUCAAUCACAAUUGUACUUCUGCUGCUAUAACAAAUUACUCAUACGCAACAACGGCAGCACAAAAAACCCAAAUUGGUCCAGUUGGAAGAUAAUACUCACGGGGAAUAUCCUCAGGCCGUUCAAAUUAACUACCAGGAAUUCAACCCAGAUAAUAACUUUUAACAGCCGCCUCCAAUUACAAUCAUCUGCAUAAAAGAGACCAUCCGACUCUUAAUGCCGCCAUAAAGUGAAACAGCCCAAACAAUCUUUUUAUUAUCGUUUAAGUCACUGUGUGUCAGUUAUGGUUAAUCUUUAGGAAGAGAGAAGUGUGUCGGUAAUUGAAAGUUUUUAAAAUCGUCUUGAUAACGUGAUACAUUUUGAGCCCUCUUAAUUAAUGUUAAUUAUAUAAUUUUUGAUAAGUGUUUUGUGUUCCGUUCACGCGAGUUUUAGUUUAGUGCCUAAGUUAACCUUAAUAAAAUUUGUGUUUAGUUCAAUGGUUUUAAGUAAACACUCUGUGAAUAAUCAUGGAUAUAGCAAAAGAAAAUUACAAUCCCAAUCCCAGGGAUGGAGCCAACGUAUUUUCCGUCCUCUUUUUUUCUUACACAAUCGAGAUGUUCCGGAAAGGAUAUCGCAAAGUUUUGGACGUGGAUGAUCUGUAUAAUCCAAUAAGAAGUGAUAGAAGUACAUUAUUAGGAGAUAGAUUAGAAAAAAAAUGGAAUUCACACUUAUUAAAAUGCAACAAAACCCGAAAAAAACCGAGCUUGCUGAAAAUACUAGUGUCCACAUUUUGGCCAGAAUACUUAUAUCUAGGCUGUAUAUUAGCUCUAAUGGAUCUCUUAGUUAGGUUAUCACAGCCCAUCAUGUUGGGUAACAUGUUGUCGUACUUCAAACCAGGAACAGAGACUACUAAGGAAGAAGCACUUUGGUACGCAGGUGCUGUAGUAGUUCUAAAUGGAAUAAGCGCUUUAUUAAUCAAUCAGUAUAUCAUGAAUGCCUUUCAUUAUGGUAUGAAAGUUAGAGCAGCAGUUUGUUCCCUGAUAUAUAGAAAGGCACUUCGAUUAAGUCACACAGCAUUAGGAGACACUGCUUCUGGUAAAAUAGUUAAUUUAUUAUCAAAUGACGUCAGCAGGUUUGACAUAGUAUCAAUUUUUAUCCACCACAUGUGGGUAGCACCCACUUCGGCCAUAUUUAUUUUGUUCUUCAUGUACAGAGAAGCUGGCUAUGCAGCAAUCCUGGGUAUUCUGACGGUGUUCCUAGUCGUACCUUUGCAAUCAUACACUGGUCGACUUUCUGCAAUUUAUAGAAAACAAACUGCUCUAAGAACGGACGAGAGAGUCCGACUGAUGGAUGAAGUCAUAUCUGGUGUCCAAGUAAUCAAGAUGUACGCAUGGGAAAAGCCUUUCAAACAUUUGAUCAAAUUAGCGAGGAAAGCUGAACUGAAAAUUGUAACAAAGUCGUCGUAUGUAAGAGCUUUGUUUAUGACCUUCAACUUAUUUACUACCAGAGCUGCUUUAUUCGCUACAUUAUUGACAAUGGUAUUGACUGACCAGCAGAUCACAGCUACCAAGGUAUUCGUCUUCAUGUCCUACUUCAACAUACUUUCCCAAACGAUGUCUGCCAUGUUUGUUAGAGGUAUAGCGGAAAUUGCAGAACUAAUAGUAGCAAUCAAAAGAGUCCAGGAAUUCAUGUUAAAUGAGGAAUUCCGUCCAGUGGUAAAAUACCAAAACAAUAACGACAAAAUAUUCUUCAACAAAACUCUUAUUAACUUAAAAGACUUGACCGUCAAAUGGAAUUUAGCCACCAAAGAUGACGCUCUAAAAAAAAUAAAUUUGGCUGUUAAUGAGGGGAAGUUGAUUGGUAUCAUUGGAACAGUCGGAAGCGGAAAAAGUUCGCUGUUACAGACGAUUUUAGGAGAGCUCGAGGUGAUCUAUGGCAGUAUUGAAGUUAACGGCACCGUCUCUUACGCCUCCCAAGAAGCAUGGGUAUUUGCAGCUACCAUCCGACAGAACAUAGUUUUUGGUGGCAAAUACGACAAACACCGAUACAAUCAAGUGGUCAAAGCGUGUGCCCUAGAAAAGGAUUUUAAACAAUUUGAAAACGGAGACCUCACCAUCGUAGGAGAACGGGGGGCGUCUUUGAGCGGAGGGCAAAAGGCUAGGAUCAAUUUGGCAAGGGCGUUGUACCGGGAGGCUGAUAUAUAUUUGUUAGAUGAUCCUUUAUCUGCUGUGGAUAUUCAUGUUUCAAAGCAUCUUUAUGAUGAAUGUAUAAAUGGGUAUUUAGCUCAUAAAACUAGAGUAUUGGUUACCCACCAAGUUCAUCACUUAAAAGAUGCUGAUCAUAUUGUUAUUUUGAAUAACGGAACUAUAGAAAAUGAAGGCAGUUUUGAAGAGCUUUCAGUUAGUGAUAAUUUAUAUGCCAAAUUGCUGACUUCCGAAGUUGAACUUACAGAUGAAGAAAAACAGAAACAGACGGACACAGCUAAAAUUAGCAGAAAAAUAUCAAUCAGGAGGUCGCGAACGUCGUUAGUCAGCGCCGCUAGUGAGCUUAGUCUCACCGAUGCUAUUAUAAAAGAAGCUACUGGAAGUGAUGAUGAAGAAGAACCAGAAAUAAGACUGAAAGACUUACAGGAAGAAUCCUCGAAGGGUAAAGUGAAAGAAUCACUGUUCUGGAGUUAUUUAAUCCACGGAGGUAAUAUAUUUUUCGUGGCUUUCGUUCUUCUGUUGUAUAUCCUUUCGCAAGUGGCAGCCAGUGGUGUGGACUAUUUUGUCAGCAUGUGGGUAAAUAUAGAAGAAUUUAGAAACCAAACGUUAUCUAGAACAAGUGCAAACAAAACAGAAGAAGUCAGUAUUAGGUCUACCGUAGAAUGGUCAACCGAAACAUGUAUUUACAUAUACGCUGGAGGAUUAAUAGCUCUAUUCGUGAUAGCAUUCGCUAGAUCGAUGCUAUUUUACAAGCUAGCCAUGUGGAGUUCUCAAAAAUUACAUGACGUCAUGUUCCAUAGUGUCAUCGCAGCUACUAUGAGAUUUUUCGAUACGAAUCCCAGUGGAAGAAUUUUAAAUAGGUUCUCGAAAGAUAUAGGAGCCAUCGAUGAAUGGUUGCCCAAAGCUAUCUUAGAUGCUUCGCAGAUUAUUUUAAUGAUGGUUGGAUCGUUGAUAUUAGUUGCAAUAAUAAACCCAUAUUUCCUUAUAUUAGUUUUCUUCAUGGGAAUUUUCUUCUUAUCAAUGAGACAUGUGUACCUGAAAACAUCGAAAAAUAUCAAAAGACUGGAAGGAAUAAUGAGAAGUCCUGUAUUUACCCACUUAAAUGCUACUCUCCAGGGAUUAACAACGAUUAGGUCAUUUGGUGCACAACCCAUUCUAAUGAACGAAUUCGACAAGCAUCAAGAUUCCCAUACUAGUGCCUGGUUCAUGUAUAUUGCUGCAAGUUCUGCGUUUGGAUUCUACUUGGACAUCAUAUGUUUCAUAUUUAUAGCCAUUAUUACAUUUUAUUUACUUAAUUUUGGAGAAGCGUUAUCACUAAAAGGUGGUGAAGUCGGUCUUGCUAUAACACAAGCAACAGCACUGACAGGUAUGGUUCAAUGGGGUAUUCGUCAGUCUGCAGAGAUUACUAACCAGCUAAUGAGUGUAGAAAGAGUAUUGGAAUACAAGUCCUUACCUGCCGAAAUACAGCCAGUGGUACCUAAAAAGCCAUUGCCGAAAUGGCCAGAAAAGGGAAACGUUUCAUUUAGAAAUAUGGGAUUAAAAUAUAUAGAAAAUGGACCCUUGACAUUGAAUAAUCUAAACUUAUCUAUUCAGUCCAAUGAAAAGGUUGGAAUAGUCGGUAGAACAGGCGCUGGAAAAUCGUCUCUGAUAGCAGCUCUAUUUAGACUAGCCAAAAUCGAUGGAGAAAUUAACAUAGACGGAAUAGACACAAAAGACUUACUUUUGGAAGAUCUCCGCUCAAAAAUAUCAAUCAUUCCCCAAGAUCCUGUCCUAUUUUCGGGAAACUUAAGAUAUAAUCUGGAUCCUUUCGAAGAAUACCCCGAUGAACUUUUAUACAAAGCCAUCGAGGAUGUCGAACUAAAAGAUCCUGCCAAUAUAAUAAAUAGAUUAGAAAAUAAAGUGAUGGACAGAGGUUCCAAUUACAGCGUUGGUCAAAGGCAGUUGAUCUGUUUGGCCAGAGCUAUUAUUAGAAAUAACAAAAUUUUAGUGUUGGAUGAAGCGACUGCCAAUGUGGAUCCACAGACUGAUGCUUUAAUCCAGAAAACUAUAAGAAAAAAGUUUGCAGAUUGUACGGUACUUACAGUUGCUCAUAGACUGAACACUAUUAUGGAUUCGGAUAAAGUACUUGUGAUGGCAUCGGGCACUAUGGUAGAAUUCGAUCAUCCACAUCUACUACUUCAGAAUUCUAAUGGUGUCUUUUAUAAAAUGGUAGCUGAAGCAGGCAAGAGUCUUGGUGAUCAACUUAGGAAAAUUGCCAAAGAUAGUUAUCAAAGGACUCUAUCACUCCCUGAGUAGGGAUUAGUUUUAAUAUUUUGACACGUUAUGAGAUUUCGAAAAUAAUUCUUGGUAUAUCUACCUAGGUAUAGGUAUACCAUUAAUAAUGAUUACAAAUGUAUUUGUAUGUUAUGACGAUAUAUUUGACGUUGGAAGUUAUAUAUCACUUAAUUUGAGGUACCUACAGCAAAUGUUAGGUAUGAUCGGUUUCAAGCAAUAUCUGUAAACAGCCUUUAAAAAUAGUCCUUUUCCUGUAGGUAACCAGAAAGGUUACCGUAGGUCACAAGAAAAAUCAAGUGGCGUCAAAUCUGGAGACCGGGGAGGCUAAACAAUUUCAGAAUCAUAAUGUUGCUGCUUUUAUUUAUACACACCGGCAAAAUUAGCCGAACACCUUAAAAAUGGGACAUGUUUGAUGUCACGAAUUUCCUAAACCAGUGGUCCGAUUUGAGUGAUUCUUUUAGUAUGUUAUAACCUUAUUAUUUAAGAAUAUCGUUGUAGUAAUAUUGUUGCUAGACAGCUACAUAUCAUUUUAUACCGGGUGUAACAAUAAUACUGUGUUUUUUUUCUCAAAGUUUGGAACACCCUGUGGACUAUUCUAGCAUAUAUAAAAUAUUGAAAUUAAAACUCAAAUAUAGCCUUAGGCUUUCUUAACAUCCUCUUCUUUGAUUCAUUUGCUUAUGUUGGUAAAUAAAAAAGUUAUGGGCUUUAACAACUAGCCAUGUUUUUCAUCGAUAAAUCCUCAUAGUAGGGGAGGAAAGUAUGCUAAAUUUGCAGUUACUCGAGCGUUAUGGGGACCUAUUGGAUUAUGAAUAGUAUGUGCUAAAACCAAAAAAUGGUUGAGUUAAGUUUUCCAUAUAUUGGGGGACUUUUCAUUUUUGAAUUUAUUUUCCAUUUGAAACAAUCGUUUUUUUCCGAUUAUAGCGCGAUCCAUCCAUAAUUCGAAAAAAUGUGUCGAAUAAAAGUUGCUUAUUUUUACGUAAAAAAUCCAAAUCUGCAAUAAAAAUUGGGGGCUUCUAUUUAAGAUUUUAAAUUAAAUUCCCCACCCCACCUCCGUGGGGGGACGUGUUUGGUGCCAUUCGAUAGAUUUUUCAAAAAUAUUGAAUACGUGUAUUUUGCAGUUUUUCGAUCUGAUGUUCAGCUAGUUCAGCUGAAAUAGACGGGAGGUCGUCAUUGUGACAUCGCUUAUUAAUUUAGUUAUUUAAUACAUCUAUUGAAUUACUUUAGGCUUGUUUAUUAAACUAAGCAGAUAAGGAUGGUAGGGGAGCCCAAGCGGGGAUUUUUUCAGUUACUCGAGCGCGUCAGAUUAUCACAUGGGGAGAAACCUUGUAUCCUGUAAAUGUACCUAUACCAUAAUAUAUUGGUUCUUAACACCGGGGAAUUCAUUAAGGGGGACCGAGAAAAAAAUCUAUUCUUAGAAAUCUAAAAAAUCUAUUCGCUUGAGGGGUAAAUUAAAAAUUUUAAAUACGAUAUUUCGCGAAAUGAACAUUAGGUCGUAAAACUGCAAAAUACACGUAUUCAAUAUUUUUCAAAAAUCUGUCGAAUGGCACCAAACACGUCCCCCCGCGGAGGUGGGGUGGGGGUUACUUUAAAAUGUUAAAUAGGAGCCCCCAUUUUUAUUGAAGAUUUGGAUUCCUGACGUAAAAAUAAGCAACUUUUAUUCGCAACAUUUUUUUAAAUUAUGGAUAAAUGACGCUAUAAUCGGAAAAAAACGAUUGUUUCAAAUGGAAAAUAAAUAAAAAAAUGAAAAGUCCCCCAAUAUAUGGAAAACUUAAGUUAACCUUUUUCUGGUUUUAGCACAUACUAUUCACAAUCCAAUAGGUCCCCAUAACGCUCGAGUAACUGCAAAUUUAGCAUACUUUCCUCCCCUAUUAUGAGGAUUUAUCGAUGAAAAACAUGGCUAGUUGUUAAAGCCCAUAACUUUUUUAUUUUCCAACAUAAGCAAAUGAAUCAAAGAAGAAGAUGUUAAGAAAGCCUAAGGCUAUAUUUGAGUUUUAAUUUCAAUAUUUUAUAUAUGCUAGAAUAUUCCACAGGGUGUUCCAAACUUUAAGAAAAAAACACAGUAUUAUUGUUACACCCGGUAUAAAAUGAUAUUUAGCUGUCUAGGAACAAUAUUAUUACAACGAUAUUCUUAAAUAAUAAGGCUAUAACAUACUAAAAGAAUCACUCACAUCGGACCACUGGUUUAGGAAAUUCGUGACAUCAAACAUGUCCCAUUUUUAAGGUGUUCGGCUAAUUUUGCCGGUGUGUGUAUAUUAAUCUAAAAAUGUUCAAUUUGUGGGUUAGGCCACUGUUGCUCUGAGUGCCUUAAAUUAACACCCAACUAUAGCCUCAUGUUUUCUUAACAUUCUGUUUUUUGAUUCAUUCGCUUAUGUUGGGUAAUAACAAAGUUAGGUAUUUUAACAACUAGCCUUGUUUCUCAAUAAUACAGGAUAUUUUUAGCCAAGUAUGGCAAACUUUAAGGGGUAAUUCUGCGUGAAAAAAUAAUGAUAGUUUGCUUUAUACGUGUCCGGGAUAGGGGGUAUUGGAAUUUUUCUUACAAACUGACGAUUUAUUUAUUAAGAUAUGCAAAUGAAAUUUGGUGGUUUUUAAGAGGUAGUUGUUAUGCAUUUUUGACAUACAAUUAAGAAUUUUGUGUUCACCGUUGGCGCAUAUAAGGCUCAUAAUAUGAGCCUGGGUAAUAUUAUUACCCAUAUUUUAAUAUAAUUAGGUAAAGAAAAUUUCUUGGAGAAGUGUAUUUUAAUUUUGCAUACUUAACCCUGGCAGCUAUAUUAAACAAGUUGAUUUCCGACUGGAAUAUUAUUUGACAAAUAAUGACAUGAUUUCCAAGUCAGUUAAAUAUGUUAUAUUUCCCUAGGGCGUUAUUUUUCAAAAUAACACCCUAGGGUAUGUCCUAGGGUAUUAAAUUUAAAUAACUAGUUAAAUACUGUCAAGUCGACAAAUAACAACUUAAGUAAAACCAUAUGGUUACCACAAUUACGUUACGACUGUUGCUGGUAAAUGUACUUAUUUGAAAACUAAUUAAUUCAAAAUUCAUUCAAAUUUUUUGCAUAUAAAGAAUAUUUAGUCGGACAUUAAACGUUGAAGGCACCACGGGUAUUAUGGAUAAUAACGCUUUCGAUCAAGUAUAUUGACGGAAACACCAAUGACCGACACACCAUUGACCUCAAGCGUUAUUAUCCUUAUAAUACCCUUGGUACAUUAAUAACUAUAAUGUUAUAAGCUAAUAUUUAGCUAAUAAAAAUUCUGUUAAAUUUUGUGUACUUACUGUAAAUUUUUGGUAUUAGUAAGGUCGUUAAUACUGAAAAUAAUGCCAAAUAUCCAUGUCUAUCAGGUAUUUACCAUUGGCAAGUGUAAGUUUCUUGAAAAUCUUUGAGGGUAUAGGUUCACAAGGAGUUCCCUUAAUGAGGCUAGGUUUGAAAGUUUCUAACUGGGGCGUGGUUUUAUUCAUUAUCAUUAUCAGUUUUACAAGUUUUUGUUGUAUCCACAUUAUAUUAUACCAAACUGUUUAAAUGGAAAGUUAAAACAAUUCUAUAAUUUCCUUUCAAGAGAAGAGGGGCGGAAACAGAUACAGAAAAAUUUAUGAUGUAUUCGGGAUCAGUUAUUUGGGGGGUAAAUUUAAAACAUUUUCACUUCCGGUUCAACGGAAAUUCUAAAACAAUAUAUUUCUCAGAUAUCUAAAUGAGGAUAUACUCUAUUUAUUUUUACCAAAGUACUCACAUUAUUAUUUUUGUAGAUUAUUUUGAGACAAAAAUCAUGUUAAAAGCUUAUAAUGCCACCAACCUGUAAAACUAAAGUUUGAGGCAACUAUUGUUUGGGAAUCAACAGUAACUAUUUGGAAACCAAAACACAUACAAAUAGGCCUGGAACCUGCGUACCAAAAAAAGUUUAUCAAUAGCAAGCUGAAGAUUUGUUAAUUGCUUAACGGUGUCUAGUCGGACAAACUUUGAUGUACCGGAACACUGGAACAGGGGAAGUUUUAAUUGGGGAACAGGUUACAGGUUUGGAACGUCAGACUACGAAAACGUCCCAGGUAUUUUGUCGGACAGACCUUCCAAUUAAUUUGUUACUCUUUCAUGAAACUCUCAUGCAAAAUCAGACUGCUAUUUAUCACCAACAUAAAUCCUGUCACUUGAUAUGUUCUACGUGUCGGACUUAUUAAAAUGCCCAACAUAUUUGUCGGAGACAAACAUUUUUUCAUAUAUUAUAUAAAGUUUGCUAUUGACUAGACGUAAAAACAACCUGCUAGUUUUCACAAUCAUAAACUUGUCAGGAUGACAAGUUCCAGAAUUAAAAUCAUGUUCCACAAUUAAAACUUGCCCUCUUCCAAUGUUCCCAUACAUCAAAGUUUGUCCGACGACUAGACACUGUUAAUCGGGUCUAGGACAUUUCGGCGUCGCCGUUUCGGCGUGGCCAUUUCGGCGUGGCCGUUUGGGCGUAGAGCCGUUUCGGCGUAGGCCGUUUCGGCGUCGGCCAUUUCGGCGUCAGAGAUUUUAUUUUAGUUGACUAAAUACCUACAUUGGAGUCUAUUAGUAAGACAUUAUUUUGAAAAAAAUCUUUUAAUAUAGUUAUUUAAAUAGAUACAUUGGAGUCCAUUGAUCACAAAAUUUUAAUAUUAAUGGUAGAUUUGUAUAUGUCAAUUUUAUACUUAUGUGUGUGUGCUUGUUAUUUAGCUCAUAGUUAAUGUAAUAUCUGUAAUUGGCUUCUAGCUGUAGAUAUUAUAUAUAAAUAAAUGAAUAAACAAGAUUUUGGAAAAAUGAAUAUUUUAUUUUAGUUAUUAUUUACAUGUUAUAAUUAGAUAUGUGCUAGUCCAAUUAAAAAUCCUGAAACAUUUAUAUUUACAUACAAAACAUUUAUAUUUAACCUACAAAACUUAUUCACGAAAUAUUAAUUAAAAUAAAGUACCUACUUACAUAUUAUAAUUAUGUGCUAGUCCUCUUAAAAAUUCUAAAACAUCCCCGUUUGCAUCAAAAUUUCCCACAAGCCGUGAAAUGCGAUCAUCUGCGUCUCUGUAUUUAGUCUCUGUAGGUAUUUAGUCAACUAAAAUAAAAUUUCUGACGCCGAAAUGGCCGACGCCGAAACGGCCUACGCCGAAACGGCCUACGCCGAAACGGCUCUACGCCCAAACGGCCACGCCGAAAUGGCCACGCCGAAACGGCGACGCCGAAACGUCCCAUUCCGCUGUUAAUCUAUUAACACAUUUUCAGCUUGCUAUUAAUAAACUUUUUUUUGGUACGCGGGAUCCAGACCUAAAAGUUUAUAGAAAAUUUUUUAAACUAUUAUAUUAGACAAAAUAUUAAAUGGUUUUUAGCUCUAUUCACUGUUUCUGAUAUCUGACGACGGUUAUUAAGAUACGUGGUAAUUAAAAAGUCAAAUAAUAGUCAAAUCAAAAUUAAAAAAUGGACCGGCAGAUGAUAUUUAAGAUAUGUUACAAAUUUUGAAUUGCAAGUUAGAUUUUAGACAUUUUGAAUUGCCAAACCAGUAAUUUUCCAGUACAAUAAUUUAUACUUAAAUAAAAAUAGGUAGGUAUAUUUUAAUAUUGUAAAAACUAUGUAUUUUUAAAAUAUAAAUCGAAUCAUAUAUGGACGUUUUAAAUUAUAUAUUUUUGAAUUUUUAUAUACGUAUGGAAGUGUUAUCUACUUGUAUAUAUUUUAGUAUGUAUAUUUUUACAAAAAUGUGAAUUUUUAGGUAAAUUUUAAAAUAUUGUAAUAGGUUGUUUAUAUAUUUAAUAAAGUAUUUAAAAAUA